AUGGGGAAGCAGGCAAAGACGAAGACAUCAAGGAAAAACAAAAAAGCAUGGAGAGCUAACAUAAGCACCGAAGACAUUGAAGACUUCUUCGAGAAAACCACCAAAGACGCUCUCUCCGGCGGCAAUCUCUCCGCCGCUCCCAGCGAGGACCUGUUCCACGUUGAUAAAUCCCAUGAUCUUCCGGUGAGACGAAAGAUCGAGAAACGUAGAGAGAGAGUGCUUCGAGUCGACAGUAUUUUAAAGAAAAACCCAUUUGUCCAGCCUAUUUCAUCUUCAAAGCCGAAGUCAAAGACAAGCAAGAAGACAACCGUCACAGAGAGCAAAACACCUAAACAAGCUCAAAAGAUUGAUGCUGACGAUUCUGAAAUGGUGGACUUGUGGGGUGAUGAUAGUAAAGCAGAACGUGAGAGCAACCCUAGAAAGAUGUCAAAAAUGACUUCGAUUAUUCCAGCAGUAGAAGUUGAUCCUGCAGGAUGCUCAUACAACCCUGCAGCUGAGAGCCACGAGGAUAUGUUGGCUGCAGCCGUUGCUCAAGAAAUGCAGAAAGUUUACAAAACUGAGUUAGGUCCUGAGCCUGUUCCUUUGACUAUUGAUGGAGACGCAGUCGAUGAAGACGAGAGGUAUUUUCUUGGAGUGGACGAUGGUAGUGAAGGUGAAGAUGAUGCUGAAGCUGGGAAGGAAGUGUCAGAGGCAGGGGACACAUCCGCAAGCGAACCGAAGAAGCUGCCCAAGAGGGUAACCCGUGUGGUGUUCAACAAGCGAACCAGACAAAAGGCACUUUUGAAGAAGUUGACCAAGGAGAAGCUUAAAGAGAAGAUAUCAAACGAAAUUGACAGCUUGCCCAAUAUCUUGGAAGAAAUAUCCAGAGAAGAUGAGGAAAAGCAGAACAAACUUGUAAGAAGAGCCAUCGCUAAGCAGGAUGUGUUGAAGAUACGUCCUCCUCGUUUGGGAAAGCACAAAUUUGAGGCUCCUCCUGUUCAAGUUCUCUUAACAGAAGAGAUCACUGGUUCACUUCGUAAGCUCAAGGCAUGUUGCACGCUUGCAAGAGAUCGAUUCAAGAGCCUUGAGAAGCGAGGGAUACUUGUUCCGUCUAAGAACAUUAGAAGGAACUAG